AUGCAGGGGAGAAAGCUGGCCGUAACGCCGGGCAAACCGGCCCCUGCGCCCUGGUGGCUCGUGGGAGGGGACGACCUGAGCCAGCGGGUGGCACGUUGUGCUGCUCGGACGCUAAGCCCAGCCGUGCGGCAAGAGGAUGCUGCUGAGACACCUCGUGCCUCUUUUGAUACCAAUGACGCUAUCGGGAUAAACAGGGAUUUAUUUCAUACCUCAGAAGGUCGCUCUUCGCUGCUUUUGUGCCCCACAGCUGAGGUCGGUCACUUCUUCUUUAUCUCCCGUCUCUCGGGGGUGAGCCGGAGCUUCCCCGGUGCUGGCAAAGAGCCUGAGGGGCUGCGGGGAGGGGACAGAGGUGACCGACCUGCCACCAACAGGAGCACCACUGACCUCCCUGGGCCUCACGUCUCCAGCGCCGACCUCUCUCUGGAAGAUACAGCAGUGGCUGGAACCAGCUGGGGAGGAAGGAGCAGCGUUAACCAAAGUAUUUUCGGUCGGCACAUACCUGUUUUAAUAAGCACAGCUCACGGGUCUCCAAAACAAGUCCUUGCCUCCUUUAGUGUUAUUUGGUCAGUUCCUCCGGCAGCUCCUGCCUCUUCCUUCUUGUGUCGCAGAGUCUCCGUUUCUCUCACUUCUCGUUUUUUGCCUCGCCUGCCUUUUAUUUGCGUGGAUUUCUUGGGGGAGUUGCUCCACGGCUCCGUGGUUAGCUGCCGAGGCCGUUACCCAGGCAGAAGAUGCUCGGUCUGGUUUUCGGUCCUGCCCUCUCUCCUUCAUCAGUUUAUCCCCCAACGUGAUGAAUUUAUCCCCAGCGCUGAUCAAUUUGUGCCCCCCCUGCCCCCGCCGGGGCCCUGCACAAGCAGCAGGGUGGCUCCGGGACUGCAGGAGGGCUGGAAGCGGCGGUGGUUUGGGAAGAGCCGUGACCCCGGAGGAGAGGAGCUGCCUCCCCGGCCCCAUCCCUUGUGCCGAGCCGGUUCUGCUCGGGAAGAGCCGCUGGGUCUCAGGGAAUGAGCACGAGGAAAACCAGCCAAAGCUUGUAGGCCCUGCAAGAGAAGCUCACACGUGUCCUAUGAAAACAAGAACGUCCCUUUUCCUGCACUCCCUCUUAGCGCUUCUUUUCGCUCCCCUUUUCUCCCUCUCCAGCUCCUUUCCCGACUCCCAGCGCUGCCCCGCUCUGUGCCCCCUCUGCCUUUACCUGUAUUAUCAUUAAUUUAUGAUUCCUCAGCCAUUCCUGUGACAUUUGUCCUUCCCGAGGAGGUCGCCCUCCUCCCAGCGUGGACGCCAAGCCUCGCUCGUCCGUGAAACGGGACUCAGGCCACCCCAUGCCCGUCAAACUGCAAGAGCAGGUUAAUUAAAACACCAGCGCUUGGAGCCGACCCUCUUUGGUUUUGGAAAGAAAAUUUAUUUUUCAGGCUCUUUGAGCCCCUUGAGCAAAGCUGCUGGUUUUGUCGCGCCAUUAAUUUGCGACGCUUUUCCCCCUUCAGGCUCGCGGGCGACGGGGCUGCUCGCCUCUUCCCCCUCCUCGAGCCCGCGGGAUUUCCUCUGCCGUCUUUCCCGAGGAAUUGCAGAAAAACAAUUCCUACCCGGUGCUAAUGCAAACCACCGGCAGAUCCCUAGCACGACAGAAAGCCCAGCUUCGUUAGCCCUCAAUACCUCUGUAUUACAGAUGAAGACGCCGGGGCUUGGUUUAAUUGGAGGAGCGUAUCUUACGGCGGGCUCAGGUCUCCAGCUCGGCCCUGACACGCUGGGGAAGCCACGGCUGCUUUCCGGAGAGCUGGAGUUACGGAGCAGAGCUACGGCAGGGGGACAGGAUGGGGUUUGGGACACCUUCCUCGCGGAAACAAAGCCUCGUGACAGUAGGUACUUGCCACGGACCAGCUGGCCAAGAGCUGUUCUUAAAGCCAGAAACACAACCUCUAAUACACAGAGGUAUAAAAAUACACACAUAUAUACAUGUGUAUGUGCCAGCAGCCAGUUUAGACACUUAUUCUAUCACCCAAUGACCUUUAUUAACCCUACAGAUUUAACAGUAUAAUACUAAAUAAUUAACAAUAUUAAAGAAGCAAUAUUUAUCCCGAAUACCAGUAUAAAAUACACGGGGAUCACACCCAGCCCAUUCCCCCAGCAGAAGCCGUGCACUCCCCGCAGGGACAGCCCAUGUGGGACACUGCGGGAGGAAGGGAAGGGCUCAGGGCUCCGGCACCGGGGCAAGGAGUUCUCAGGGUCACAGCCAUCACAUAAAGAGAGAGAACUCCUCAGCAAAUUUUCUCAUUUCUGUUGAAUGUGACGUUCAUGGUCUGAAAUAACCCUGUUGGCAGCUUGGGUCCAGUGCCCGGGUCUCGUCCCUCCUCGUCCCCGCACCUGGUGAGCUCGAAAACACCGAGACCUUGAAACCCACAUCCCACAGCUGGCUAUAAAAUAAAGAUUUUCCCCAAUUCAGACACUAAAGCCUUCUAAAAGGGCAGUUUUCCCAAGCACUAGAAGAGAAUUUAGUCCUGCGUCGCUCAAACCAGGACAAGACCUUACCGAAAAGUCAAUUCACUGAAAGAGAAAUUGCUCCUGUGUCGCUCAGAGCGGUACACUCGGACAGAACCAAGGGAUGAUGACGGCCCAUUCCCUGCGCACUCCCCUCGGGGACGCCGGCUCUGAGACACAUACGUGUGUGCGUGCGAUGUCCCCUGCCCGUGUCCCAUGAGCUGCACCAGGGACCGGGGGCCCUGGGAAAGGCUGGCUUGUUCUCACGCUCUCUGGCAACCGUUUUCAUUCCCCUGCAAACCUCGGGGCUUUCCUGGUGCCUUCAACCUCAAAACCACCCUUUCUCACUCACCCCAGGGCCGUCCUCGAAAAGAGCAAACAUCCAGAGAUUUCUCCCAUGCCCAAGGUGCCAGGAGGGAAAAUUGUGGCUUGUCCUCACGCUUUCUGGCAACCGCUUCCAUCGCCCCGCGAGUCUUGGGGCCCCGGGCUUUUGUGGCCACCUCGGCCCCAAAAGCAGCCACCUCCUGCAGUCACUGCAGCCCCGGAUGCAAAAACAUAAGGCAUCCGGCGGUUGCCGGCUUCAAACUGGCCCGUAGGGUUUGAGUAGCAGCAGCGCGUCCCGCACAGCCUCCAGUCCUGCUCUGCUUUCCUCUGCGGAAUGCCAGCGCAGCAGCACAUUCAGGGAAAAACUGCCACAAAUUUACGAUUUUAGGAAAAGCCUUGCAGGCUCGCAGGGAGGUCUCACCGGCGGGCACUGGGGAAGCUCCAGCCUGGAUGGGAACUAGAUUCCGGAACACACGGAUGGGGAUCAAAGGCAGGCGAGCAGACAGUGUCUUCCACAGACGUCGGUCACAGAAGAAAGAGAGCCCUUGAAGAAGCCCCUGAAAAAGCCAAGCCCUUCAAGAAACCCCUCUGACAAUCCAACUGAGCCCCUCCAUCCCUCAGCUCUUACCCUGAGCAGGCAGAUGGGCUGCAGCACCCCGGGGGGUCAGUUUGGGUCUUCUGACCCCUCCCGUCCUCCCCACAGGUGCCACCGCUCCAUGGGGUAAAUGACCAACUCACCUGGCCCUGGUGAGACCUUUAGCAAAACCCUCCCCCUGAAGAGACAGCUGCCUCCCGUCCACCCUGCACUGGAACCCUCAGCCCAAGGAGGACACGGACCUGCUGGAGCGGGGCCAGAGGAGGCCACGGAGAUGAUCCAAGGGCUGGAGCCCCUCUGCUGUGGGGACAGGCUGAGAGAGCUGGGGGGGUUCAGCCUGGAGAAGAGAAGGCUCCGGGGAGACCUUCCAGCCCCUUCCAGUCCCUGAAGGGGGCCUACAGGAAGGAUGGGGGGACUGAGAGGACGAAGGGUAACGGUUUCAAACUGAAAGAGGGGAGAUUUAGAUGAGAUAUCAGGAAGAAAUUGUUUGCUGUGAGGGUGGUGAGCCCCUGGCCCAGGUUGCCCAGAGAAGCUGUGGCUGCCCCAUCCCUGGAGGGGUUCAAGGCCAGGUUGGACGGGGCUUGGAGCAACCUGGGCUGGUGGGAGGUGUCCCUGCCCAGGGCAGGGGGUGGCACUGGGUGGGCUUUAAGGUCCCUUCCAACCCAAACCCUUCUGUGAUUCUAUGAUUUUUCACUCUCCCCGAGGCUGGGCACAAGAAGAGCAGAUGUCCACAGGUUGCUCCCACGCCCAAGGUGCCAGGAGGGAAAACCCUGACUUAUUCUCACGCUCUCUGGCAACUGCUUUCCUCACCCCACAAACCUCGGGGCUUUCCUGGCGCCUUCAGCCUCAAAACCACCCUUUCUCACUCGCCCCAGGGCCGGCCACAAAAAUAUUCAAACAUCCGGAGAUUGCCAACACACUGCAGAUGUCUGGAUGUGAAAUAGGUCACAUUAGAGAAGCAAAAUUAGAGCGCGUUAAUCAAUAUUCACGCCAAGAGUCUCAAUUUGCACUGGUUCACCCGAAGGCUAAUUCCAAGGGCCACGGGCAGGAAGAGCCCAGCAGGAAUUUUGCAAAUUCUCAGUUUUGCCAGGAUCGAGUUUGUUAUAACCAAAGGACGUGGAAGGAGGUGGCGGAGCUGAAGCUGCGCGUGGUCCCGCUGGCCACAAGGAAAACCUGGAGCAGGUUCACAAAUCACCCAGGGACUAAGCAGAGAAGGAGCUUUCGGGCGAGCACGGAUGCUCGGAACCAUCCACCUCACGCUGCCAAGUGAACCCAACCGCCUCUGCUCUGCCCACCAGAGGGUUUCAACACACGGGUUCCACCCCGAGACGAUUUUUAACAUGCCCAGUAAAGCCGGACUAAUCCUUCUCCUCUAAACACAUCCCUAAAUACACCUGGCGGAUGCCUGAAGCAUCGGUCCCAGCAGCAUCCCAGUCCCAGCACCUUGGAAGUCCAGCAGGGAACUGGGUACCAACAGCCAGGUACCGCCCCACGUGCCAACAGCAGCCGAACGUCUCAAAACCAAGCCCAGCUAACCUGAACGUCGGAAGAAAAAGACAAAAAACCAACUUUCUUGCUUUCUGUGGCCACGUAACGGAGCGGCUGGUUGGAUGUUUGGAUGACUGAAGAGGCGGCCCUUGUUUCCACGCGCACGUCUCCCUGCCCACAGCCACAGCGAUGGCUCCCAGUUGCUCCGAAGGAAAGUUUACAGCACAAACCCCAGUAACGCUGCAGGAAGGAAAGAGAAAUAAGGAGGACACCAACCGCACACACUGC